CAUCAAAGAUUCUCCAACACCUUCUCUUACUAUAAAUACCUCUCUCUCUCUCUCUCUGUAUCAAAUCCAAGCCAAAAACCUAUUUUGAAACCACUUUCAGAUACCCAUUUAGCUUCUAUUUCUUGUGAACCAGUUCUUUCUUUCUGGGUCAUUCAAAUUUUUCACAUUCUCUUUCUCACCUCUCAAAGAGAAAAAUGACUAAUAACAUUGUUAUUGUUUUUGAUUUUGACAAAACGAUCAUUGAUUGUGACAGUGAUAAUUGGUUGAUUGAUGAAUUGGGUUUCACUGAUUUGUUCAAUCAACUCCUUCCUACAAUGCCUUGGAAUUCUGUUAUGGACAAAAUGAUGAUGGAGUUUCAUUCAAAUGGAAUAACCAUUGAAGAGAUUGAAAAGGUUCUUCAAAGGAUUCCAAUUCAUCACAGAAUAAUACCUGCAAUUAAAUCAGCUCAUGCUUUAGGGUGUGAUUUGAGGAUUGUUAGUGAUGCUAAUAUGUUUUACAUUGAAACUAUUUUGAAGCAUUUAGGAAUAAGUGAAUACUUCACUGAGAUUAACACUAAUCCUGGUUAUGUUAAUCAAGAAGGAAGAGUUAGAAUUUCACCUUACCAUGAUUUCAAUAAGGCUUCACAUGGUUGCAACAAUGUUUGCCCUCCAAACAUGUGCAAGGGUUUAAUCAUUGAUAAAAUUCAAAAUUCAAUUUUUGAAGAGGAUAGCAAGAGGUUUAUCUACCUUGGUGAUGGUGCAGGGGACUAUUGCCCUAGUUUGAGGCUUAGAGAAAGAGACUUUGUGAUGCCAAGGAAGAAUUUUCCAGUGUGGGAUUUGAUAUGCAAAGAUCCUUCACUUGUCAAAGCUGAAAUUCAUGGUUGGAGUGAUGGAGAAGAAUUGGAACAAGUUUUGAUGAAUUUGAUUAACAAAAUUAUGAUGGAGGAACAUGUUCAAUUUAUUUCAUCAGAUUGCAAGCUACAAACUCUAUCUAGUCCAGUACUUGUAUCUUUGCCUAAAGCUGUCUCAGUUAGGCCAUAGAUUCUAAGCUUACUAAUUUUCUAUCAUUGCAAAUGUAAUGGGUCUUUCUUUUGUCCUUUGAUUAACUUUUAAUAAACCUUUUCUUGUACUA